AUGAAAGAAUUGCUUGGAAUUACAUUGAAGAGAGAAUGUCCAACACGCUGGAGUGCAAGACAAGAUGCGGUGAAUGCAAUCCUUGAACAGUUUGAUGGAUUUUUACAGCUGUUAGAAAACCUGUAUGAAGAUGGUACUCAAACUAGUGAGACUCAGAAUGAUGCAUACAGUUUGCUUCAAAAUGUGAUGAAUUUCAAUUUCAUCACUCUACUUGAUUUCUGGCAUGCAGUUUUGUCAAAAAUUGACCGGAUUCAAAAACGACUGCAAGAUCCAUCAAUGAAUUUCCAUGACGCAGCACUGGAUUUAGAAGGACUGCAGCAACGGCUAAGUAGCAUUCGAGAAGAUGUUUGCAUCACUGCAGUCAAUGCAGCUAACGUUCUGUGUGAAAAAUUGGGAAUUAGGAUAGAAGGAAGAAUUAAACGUCGAAAACAGAUGCCAGGUGAAAAUGCUGGUGAUGCAGGACUCGCUGCGGUUGAAGAAAUAACUCGCAUUAUGAAAUCAGUUAUUGAUAGACUAAUCCAGGAGAUGACAACACGAUUUGGUCGUCUGAAGACGUUAGAUGAAAAGUUUGUAUUUCUAUUCAACAUCAGCAAAUUGUUUGCUAAUGAUACCUCUAAUGAUAUUCAACAGCACUGUGCUACGCUGGCUGACUUUUAUAAAACUGAUAUCGAUGGAACUGAACUGUUCGUAGAAAUCAGUGACUGCAGUAGGUUGCUGAAAACCCGGCCAGAUGCUACCCCAAGCAGCACAUUAGAAUUACUUUCAUUUAUUAUUUCAUAUGGCAAUGACAUAUUUCCAAACUUGCGAAUUGCUUUGCAAAUUAUGCUGACAAUCUCUGUGUCAGUUGCUAGCUGUGAGCGUUCUUUUAGUAAACUAAAAAUCAUUUUAACUUAUUUGAGAGCUUCAAUGGGUCAGGAGCGUCUGUCAGACUUGGCAUUGCUAAGCAUAGAAAAGGAGCUGGUCGAAACAAUUAAUUUUGAUGAUGUCAUUGACAACUUUGCUAGUGCAAGAUCACGAAAAGUAGUUCUAUAA